AUGGGACCCGAGGCUAUCUCAUUCUACGCGCCCAGUAUACUUAGCAAGCAAGAUAACAGGACAAGAACAUGGGAUAUCCUAUGCAUCCAUGUCCAUGGCUGCGCAAUCAUUGCCCUAUGGUACAAGGCCGAGGUUCCAGAUAGCGCCCUGUUACACACCAUGGUGCCGCCCAUGCUGGAUUCUGGCGCGCGGAUUCUUGAGACACAUAUUGUCUGA